AGUGGUCGGUUAUUCGCGUCUUACGUCGAUAAUUUUAUAUACCUCCAUACCUGGGUAUAAUCGCCCUUGGCAUCGGUAUUAAAGCCACACGCGACAGUUCCCAUGGAAACAUGGCGUAUAUCGACCUAAGUCGGAACCGGGAACAAGGCACGCGGUAGUCGAGAUGCCCUGGUGGGCCAGUACAAGUGCAAUUUAAACGUCGCGGAGAACGACGGAAUUCAUCGCGACGUAGAACCUCCGGACGACUGACUGAGCAAGUUCUCCUUUUCGCACAAAAUUUACAACACGAAACCCAGUAGAGACACCUCGACGCGUCCUUUUUGAUCGCGGAUCCGAAGACCUUGCACACCGAAUAGGUAUAGUCAGGGGAUAUAAAAAGAGAACGCACCCGAAUUUAUAAAAUCUCCGUUAACGCACAACGAAUCUCCGAAGAGUUACGCACCCGUUAAAUGUAUUGAAAAUUUUUAUUGUUUAACGUGAACUUUGCGUUCGAUUAAUUUACAUUGUUGCACACUCGGUUGCACACCUGUACCUGUGUUAUGGAAUUUAAAUUAUUUGAAGGCAGCGCGUAGUCAGAUGGUCCAAAUUUACGUUUCUAUCUUUUUAUUUGACUUUUUCUGAUACGAUCUGAGGAUCAAUCGGAUAAAAUUAAAAGAAUGAACGGCCGGGCGUCUUUGGUGGAACAAAAAAGGCUUCAAUGGGCCAAAGAAAGAGGUGCGUAGAAUCGUGGGAGGAAGAUUGUACUGGUAUUUUUACAAUGGAAACUAAUUUAUUCGUUAAAUUUCACAGAAGAAAUGGCAAGACUAUCAGGCGCAUCUUGGGGAUCGACCUCCAAACCCGCGAAAGAAUUUACUCACACCGCUAUUCGAUAUUUUUUGAGAAUAGGAAGAGAAUGUUGGACCGUACCGACGCACAGCCGCUGAGACGCGGAUACGGAUCGGGAUUGUGCAGUUCGAAAAAUCACGACAGAGACGCGAUUGAGACGCACUUUUCGCGGACCAGUUUGAUAAAUCUUCACGAUGCCGCGGAUGUCGAAGAUCGCGAACGAAACGUCUCCGUUAUCAGAGGAAGGAGUCCUAGUCUUCCACCGAUUUACACUAGAGAAUCCGAAAUUACGCUCCAUCAGCUUCAGCCCCCUGCGAAGCAGUUCGAAGUGGAACAAGGGUCGCGAUACCAAGAGGCGGUUCAUACCCGGUUGAACUACCGUAACAAUUACCUCGUGAAAAAUAAUAGCCGACGUGAUCGCUACGGUUCACCGCGCGAAGAACUUGAAGGCGAAACUUCCGGAUACGCGAGUGACUCGGCGGAAGUUCCUUUGCCCGUAGUUGGAGAUUUACUGCCAAAUUGCAAUCCGCCCGGUACGGCGAUGUCGGAAAGCGAUCUGCGGAAGAUCAAUAACUACGACGGCUUCGCGACUCCUGACAAUUCUUUGCCCCCGUCGAGAAGAUUAUCCGUGGCCAGGGGGUUCGCCGAGGUCCGGCCCAGGUGGGGCAGCCUUUGGGGUCAAGAUCUUGUCAGGGGGGAUCCGCCCCCACCCUCGUGGCUCGAAAGGGGGCUCUCCCGAAUGGAUCAUACCAGCCAGGUUUUGGUAAUAAAUCACGAGAGCGCGAGCAGCCCGGAGAGCUCGACGACUGGAUCAGCUGGAUCUGAUUCGAACAAAACUUAUUUGCGGGGGCAAAACGUUCCACUGGACGAAAGUAUAAUGCACGAGCGUGAAUCGAAGAGACAGAAGGCUCUGGAAUUGCAGAAUGCGAUCAAGGAUCAACUGGAAGAAAGAGAACGACGUCGGAAGGAGGAAAAACAGCGAAGACUGAUGGAGGAACGAGCUGAAGAGGAUAGAAUUAAACGGGAACAAAAGGAGGAAAAGCAAAGAUUUGAGGAGGAGCAAAGAAGGCACAAGGAGAAGGAAGACGCAAAGCACAAAAAAUUAGAGGCGAUGCGGCAAGUGCUCGAGGCAGCGGAACGUUUGGCGAAAGAGGAAAAACAAUCGCGUCGAAGACGCAACGACGUAAAGAGCCUCGAGAACGACGAACAACGCGGUGUGGAUGCGGAAAAGUCGCCGUCUUUGGCCCAACAAAAAACGUGUCGGAUUUCAACGUCCGAUUUAAACUUGGACGAAAUACCGGUGGGAAAGAGUACAUCACCGGAAAAUUCCGAACGAUACAUCAAAGGAGGAAAUGCAGGAUGUUCUGCCCAGUCGGACAAUGAAUUUGACCAUGAAACUGCGAUGCCAACUAAUAACCCAGACACAACGCACAACAAUAUCGCACAAAUUCCACUCAGUACUGAAAUCGCUAUCGUAUUGAGUGGUAGGGUAUAUGAUCCGGAAAUAUUGAACGCUUCGAAUUUACAAGUGAAUUUAAUCGUCGCGCCGUCUCCUACAAAGUCCCAAAGUCUCUCGAAUUCCGUUAGUACGGGAGAGACUGUACUUCCAAUUUUAACCAGUCGCGCUGUUGCGACCGACGUUAGUCAAGACCGAAACCUGGAUACGAAAGUUUCGAGGCUACUCACGCCCAGCAAAUACAGGUCGACGUUAGGCAGAGAAUUCGGGACUCAAACGGAUGUCGAGGACUUGCGAGACAACGUAUUCUCGUACAAAGAAUCCUCUACAAAAGAGCGGAAGGAAUCCUUGAACGCUAAUCGACGGGACAUUGAAAAAUCUACGAGCACAGGUGUUCCGGAAGAGCUCUGCAUGAAGACGAUGUCCCGGUCAAAAGCGCAAUCCCGCAAAUCACUGGAAACCCGACCUCGUUGGAACGCCAACAGGCCUGGGACCCGUUAUCGAACACAAAGUGAGAAGGAUCCGCACUACCAGAGGCGAUUGAGAUUAAGAAGACGCCAAAUUGACACAAGCGACGAUGGGUCGAGAUCUCCAUCUCCAGAGCGUCGUAAGCCCAACAACUCGAAAUUCAAAGGCCGCAACGCAUCCAGAAGAAAAAUUAAACUGGAUAGUUACGACGCCGAUCUGUCCAUGGAUAGUCUGAAUUCUAUCGUACCCUUGAAGGUGGAUAAAAAUGGCCGAAUUAACAUUGAGAAUAACAAAAACGACGGAAAAAUUAAGCAACAAACCACCGAAAUGGGUGUCGGGGAAGAAAGAAUAAAAGAAGGCGAUGAGAACUUGAUAACCUGGUGCGGCCGAGAAAUUUUAUCACAGCUUACCACCCUUCGAAAUGGUCUGGCAAUGAAAAGAAAAGAAUGGGACUCUCAGAGGUGUCUCGUUUCCCCGACCACCGAAUUCUUCUAGCUGCCGAUUCCUAAACACAAUUCUCAAACUGUUGUUUCAUUUUAUUCCAUUUCUUUUUUAAAGUAGUAGC